ACGGAGGACAGAUAGGGGGCUGGAGGGAGUCACAGCAGCACCGGACCGGUGUGUUGUGUCUGGCACACAUCACUGUGCGCACUGCAGUUCUCAAGCCUCACAGUAAUAGUCUUUUCUUUAUUAUAUUUGAAAAACGGCAUGUUUCCCUGGUCAUUUGUUUGAGUGCUGUUGUGUGCUUGCGGAACCUGCGCUCAUCAUAUAAACUCGCAAUUGGAGAAACAGCUGAUCUACGGAUGCUCGUCUCGGGCAACAAUCACCGGAGUCAAACAAGUGUUCAGCCUAUGCAGUGAGGAGUGUUUGGUCCAUGAAGGUCACUCAUCAUUGUGAUGUAUAAUGGCUCCUGCGCUGAGUGCUAUGUUGGGGUCAGGGGCUGUGGGGUCAGAGGUCGCGGGCACAGCAGUGCUGGCUAAAGGGGAGCUGGCACUUGUUGGCACACUCACGGGACUCUCUGCUUUCCUGCUGCUCUCUAUUCUGCUGCUGCUGUGUGCAGGUUGCCAGGGGCAGAAAAAAGGGAGCGGGCACCCAGGAGACCAUGAAAACCUGAUGAAUGGGGUAUCAGAAAAGGAAACAUGUAGCCAGUCGGCAGAGAGUCAUGGUACUGACCUGGCCAUCAGCAGCUCCCAUAAUGGGCCUCUUACAAGUGGUACAGUACUCACGGACACAAUGGACACCAGUCCCCAGCCUUCAGAGGACAUGCUGUCCAGCCAAUCAGAAAUCAGAUCCUCAAAGUGUCACCAGGACCGUGAGUUACCCAGCAUUCCACCCACCGAUGUCCUCAAAGCCACCGUGGUUGAUGCUCAGGCUGCCUUAGGGGACAGCACGUAUGAGGUGGUGAAGGACAGUGCCUCCCGGGACGUCAGUGUUGAGGACUCACUGUACGAGACGGUGAAAGAGCUGAAGGACAAUGGUCUCCCCAAUGGUACGCUGAGCCCUGAGGAACCGCCUGCACCUCUUCUUAAUGGUCACCCCAGUCCUGCUACGCCAGAUCGCACUGUCCUGCCCAAUGGUGUGGAGUACGCCUCUAUCAACCUCAGCAAAAAAAGCCGCUAUAGCACCGACAUGGAGGCCAGGCGCUCAGCUGCCAUUGUGGAUGCCAUUGUGGAGCCAGAGGAUGAAAAACCACCUCCCAUACCAGACAAAGUGCUUGAUGAGAAUGACAACCAACAGAUUAAUGAGCUUACAAAUGGACAGUUACACUCCCCAUUGUCGACUCAAGAGCUUCAGGAUCAUGCAUUGCCUGACGGCGAGUUAUCAGACAUGUACUCCAAGGUACAGAAGCCUGUUGUUAAGGAAACAGAGCAUGACUACAGCAGCAUUGGAGAGAUCAAAGGAAUGGUGACGGAGUCAACCUCCAGUGACCUUUACGCCACAGUUAGGGAUGAAUAUCCAUUGGCUCCUGGCUCUCAGAAUGCAGACCCUGGGUAUGAGACCAUCAAAAUCCCCCAAACAGCUGAAGGAGCUCAUCAAGGCAAUGGGAUAUUGGAACCCGAUUAUGAGAGCAUGGCGGAACUGGGUCUAAACGGGGAAAUGUCCCGUCUCUGACCACACACUCAAACCAGAAACUUUGGACACUGGGAACUCACUUGUUUGAGGUUUAGAGGUGGACUUUGGGGUGAUAUCACUAGAGUAAUGUACGUAAUCCUACCUGAUUGGAUGUUUCUGAGUACAGCAUUUCAGCACCCUAAAAUCGACCGGUCGUUGGGUUGGCUGAAAGGCUAGUCGUAUAAUCUGUCUAAAGGAAGCCCUGCAUAAUUAGGUCUUAUGUAAGUCGACCAUCGUGACCCAUACCCAAUAGUGAAUAAUAUUGCGCUGGCCACAGUCAGUGACAUCUUUUCAGUGUAAGACCUGUGACCCAGCACAGGUAAUUAAACACUGAGUAGCUAAGUAGAAGGUUUGCUUUGCUAUUGAUGUGAAUAUUUGGUGCCCCUUUUAUAUCAGCUUUGCUCUUAUGAGAAAUAUUUUAUUCAUAAAGUGUACUAGUAGUUUCCUUGUUCUUGCACGCUGCACCUGCUGUGAGCCCCACUUUGCCUCCCUGUUUUCAUGUGAUACUAGUCGAGCAAAGAGUUAGUCUGAACUGAGUGGAGCUGUGUCCUUGUAUUACCCUGAGUAUAUACAGGUACAGUCAACAGCAUUACACUUUUUUCAAUCAUUCAGACUUGCUGGAGCAUUUAGUUUCACAAGAGUUCAAGUAAGAAGCUUGUAACAUUCACAUAACACAUAUCAAAAGAUUAAAGAGGAACAUUUAAUUGUAGCCAUGAUUCUUAAUCAUGUUAACAAGAUGUAUUAUAAUCAUUUUGUCAAAUCAUAUGGGUUUGAGGGAGUGACCUUUUAAGGUACUCAAAGUUAGUCUAUCACACUCAUUUGUGAGUGUAACUAACUUUGGUUAAUAUUUACUCACCCGUGUCAUGUCUUUUUAAUUCUGUAUGCUGUUAUGUUUUUCAAUAGAACACAUACAAAGAAUUUUUGUAGGAUCUUCACAUCUUUUUUCAUAUAAUUAAAUGGUGACCAUGUAUGGCAAGCUCCAAAGAGAGGGGAAAAAUACCACACACACACCAUAAAAAUAGUCCUAAAUGACGUCAAAUCUGCUGUGAUUUUCUAACACUGUACGUGACAUUGAAUUUUCUCAUCAUUUACUCACCCUCCUGCCAUCCCAGAUGUGUAUGACUUUCUUUCAUCUGCAGAACUCAAAUGAAGAUUUUUAGUAGAAUAUCUCAGCUCUGUUGGUCCAUACAAUGCAAGUGAAUGGUGACCAGAACUUUGAAUCUCCAAAAAGCACAUAAAGGCAGCAUAAAAGUAAUUGAUACAAAUCCAGUGGUUGAAUAUAUGUCUUCAGAAGCGAUAUGCUGGUGUGGGUGAAAAAUACAACAAUAUUUAAGUGCUUGUUUACUAUAGAUUCUCCUUCCUACCCAGUAGGUGGUGAUAAAGUGGACAUUUGUAGUGAAAAAUUACUUUUUUUGUUCUGUUUUUCACACACACCUAUCAUAUCCGUUCUGAUGACAUGGAUUUUACCACUGAAGUCAUAUGGAUUACUUUUAUGAUAUUUUUAUAUGCUUUUUGGACCUUCAAAGUUCUGGCCACCAAUGACUUGCAUUGUAUGGACCUACAGAGCUUAAAUAUUCUUCUAAAAAUCUUUGUUUGUGUUCUGCAGAAGAAAGAAACUCAUACACAUCUGGGAUGGCUUGAGGGUGAGUAAAUGAUGAGAGAAUUUGAUUUUUGGGUGAACUUUUCCAGCUUUGGUGAAGGAGAAGAUUAUCAGUGAAUAAUGAUUUAACUUCUAGUCUGUUGCUUAAAAAACUGUUAUAUGACUUAAGAAGUAUUUGAAUUAACACACAAGUUAUAUGGACUACUUAUAAGGUGAUUUUAUGGUGUCUUUUUGACUCUUUUGGAGUUUGACAGAUGUUGUCACUAGGAACUGUCCUUGUAUGGAAAUGAGCUGUGUAAAGAUUCAUAAAAAUUUCUCCUUUUGUGUUACAGAAUACAGGUUUGAAAAAACAUGAGGGUGAGUAAAUAAAUGAUGACAGAAUUUUCUUAUUUUGAGUCAAUUUUUCCUUUAAUGAAAGGUGGACUGGAGUUAUUGCUGAUGUGAAUUUAACUCCUUUCAUUUUCAAACAUUGUCCAUUAGUAAUGUUAUUGAGUUAAGUUACAUCGAUAUGCAUGUUUGUCAAAAUCUUUUAUUAAUGGAGCUGUAUUGAUGGAGUGUAUCAAAUACAUUGUAUAUUUCAGAUAUUGUUAAUUUAAUUGGUACGUGAGAUUUCAAAAGACUGAAAAGUACAGGGGAAAAUGACAUGAUGGUACUGCCACACAGAGCUUUGCCUGGCAGCUUAGUAAAUGUACGUUAUUAUCAGGUAUGCAUUAGCUGCUUUUACACUUAUGUAGCAGUAUAAUAAAAAAAGCAUAGCUUGUCCAGACACCGCAUGUGACAAUUUCAUGCCAAGAGACACUUGUAAAUAUUCAAAAGACUAUUUAGAUCUGUUAAAUUAUGUCACUGUUGAAGUAUGGUUUUACACAAUAUUGUAAUCAUCGACAACAGCAGCUUUUUCAAACAACAGUAAGUGGAACGUUAUAUAGUUUGUUUGUAUUGAGUAACUAAUGAAAGAGUAAGAGUCUGUGGAAUACAUAUUUUCUAGAUGCAUUGUUAAUGAAAGUUUAAGAGGGGUUUAUUAACAUUUAAAAAAUGCCUCAGUGAAAAGAGUAAGGGACAUGCAUUGCUUUGAAUUUAUUUAGCAAUAUUUAAAAUGUGAGGUGGACGGUGGAUAGAGUCCCAAUGUUGUCCAUGUGUUUGCUUGUAAUAAUGGUACAUUGUGAUGGUACAGGUUCCAAAUUGAGAAGGUCCUUGUUGUAUUUAAUAUCAUGGUAAACAUUGUACAUUUAGUUCUCCCUCUAACCAAAUUGGAUGUAUUUAGUUGUAAAUAAGAGUGAAUUUUGCAUUUGUUUAUUUUUAUCAUCAUCUUUUUAUUGUGGUAUUUGCUUAUUAAAAAAUAUAGUCUUGCUGGACUAAUAAUAUAAUGUGUAUGCAUGUUUUAAUCCACAUCAACUGUCAACUGACCAAUUACUGAUUAAAGUGUAAUUAUGUUUUAUGUUACAUAUUAAUCUCAGACAAAUAUAUUUAGAAAUGUAUACUGCAUUUAUGCACAAAAACUACAUUAUAAUCUGUUGAUAUUUAAUCUGUCAGUAAGUGCAGGAAAACAACCUGCAAUGAGGCAGUUUUAUUAUGUCAAUAUCAAUGCAUUGAUAUUAGGGAACUUAAAAUAAAGAACAUAUUUAACUGUA